AUGUUCAAGGCUGUCGAUGAGAUACGCCGAUUACUUGGUGAAGACGUCGUCAGCGUAGACUUGGAUGACAUCGAUGAGCAUGGCUAUUCAGAGUGGUCUACGUCAAAUACUGACGUACGACCAGUGGCAAUUGUGCGGCCACAGACGACAGAGGAGGUCUCAAGCAUUGCCCGUAUUUGCACCAAGUAUAAAGUACCGAUGACUCCAUACGGGGCUGGAUCCAGCGUCGAAGGAAAUUUCAGCUCUCCUCAUUCUGGGGUAUGUCUAGAUCUAUCUGGCAUGGAUAAAAUCGUGGCGUUUCAUCCUGAGGAUAUGGAUAUCGUGGUCCAGGCCGGUGUCAAUUGGACUAAUAUGAACGAAGAAAUCAAGCAUACUGGUCUCUUCCUACCACUUGAUCCUAGCCCCACUGCACUGAUUGGUGGCAUGAUAGCUACCAACUGCAGUGGUACCAAUGCCAUGAGAUAUGGAACUAUGAAGGAUUAUGUUAUCAACCUCACAGUAGUACUCUCAGAUGGAUCUGUUAUAAAAACCCGUCACCGUCCUCGGAAGACAUCAGCUGGAUACAAUCUCACGGCUCUUUUUACCGGGUCUGAGGGGACACUGGGCAUAAUCACUGAAGCAACGUUGAAGCUAGCUAUAAUUCCGGAGAACUUCUCUGUUGCAACAGCCACCUUCUCAACCGUUAAGGAGGCGGCGGACGCGGCCUUCAAGAUGAUGCGACGGGGAAUUCCUCUCGCUGCCUUGGAAAUGAUGGAUGAUGUUCAAAUGAAGGUCAUUAACCAGAGCGGCGGAGCAGGCGGAAGACUAUGGGAUGAGCAUCCUACCCUUUUCCUCAAAUUCUCAGGCUCCCAGAACGCGGUUCAAGACAGCAUAAAACAGGCCAAAGAGAUUACCAAGUCCAAUAGCUGCCGUUCUUUCGAAUUUGCCAAAACAGAGGAUGAGAUGCAAUCCCUUUGGUCUGCCAGAAAACAAGCCUUGUGGGCUAGCCUCGCCGUCCGGCCAGAGGGCACCCAGCUCUGGUCCACAGAUGUUGCCGUACCUCUCUCUCGAAUGGCCGAACUAAUUGAAAUAUCAGAGCAAAAGGCCAGCCAACUAGGACUCUUCAACAGUGUUAUGGGACAUGUCGGCGAUGGCAACUUUCAUCAGCUCGUCAUGUACAACCCGGAUAAUAAGCCAGAACGCCAAGCUGUGUCGGAUUGCGUGGAUGGAAUGAUGGUGAGAGCACUAGAGAUGGAGGGUACAGUAUCAGGCGAGCAUGGGAUCGGAUUGGGAAAGAAGAAAGAGCUUGGUCCAGCCACGAUAGGUAUCAUGAAAGCUAUUAAAGACACCCUGGAUCCCCAUUGGCUAUUGAAUCCGGCCCGGAAAGCUGCAGUGACAGGCUCGGAUAGCCCAAAAAUGACGGAUCGCACCGGCAACGACGGUUUGCAGAGCGUGCAGCUUGAUUUCGUACCUAUCAACCAGGCAAGCUCGCCUCCUGAAUCUAAACGGCGCCGCACGUACUUGUCUUGCGAACGUUGUCGUAGGCGCAAGACUCGCUGCGAGCCAGCAUCAGACCGGAAGCGGCCGUGUCAGAGAUGCUCAGCCGACAAUCAGCCCUGUGAGUUCAGAGCAUCACGAAGCACCAAGCGAACACUGUCGCUUGCUGCCGAAGACACUGAGUCAGUGUCCAAUCACAGUCACACGGGCACCGAUAUCAGCAUCCCAGCUUUGAUACCACUUGCGCCUCGAGAUGUUCCAGUUCCUCAUCUCCAUGAAACGGAAUACGUCAAUGACUUGCCCGUCACCGACUGUUCUCAAGGUCCCACGUCGCCAGCCGCACUCGAUGCAAGAGAAAGGAUCAUUUCUACACACAUAAAUAAUGCAUCGGAUGCCCUUGACCUUCUCACAUUCGCUCUAAGCGGCACCCGCGCCUACAACAACCCUUCUGCUACGCCUAGCCGCGAAAGCCAAGUUCCUUCUACUACCUCCCCGACUGGUAUAUCAGAUACGGCCCUCGGUCAGGACAGAGCAUGGAAAACCUUCGCCCUGAUCAGAAAGAGGAUUGUAUCGCAACAAGAAGUGAUGGCCUACCUAGGAUUCUUCUUCGACCAGUUAUGGCCUCUAAAGCCAGUUGUGCCGUCUUACUACCGCGAUCGGGCCACUUAUGGUCAGCUUAUUGCUGAGGAGCCUCUUUUGGUAGUGUGUCUCGUGACGCUCUCCUCGAGGUACUUUCCACUGCCAGGAGGUCAUGGCGAGAUAAGGUCUGAGCGUAUACACUGGCAAGCGUGGAGGAUCCUGCAGCGAUCCCUCCAGUCCGUCAUGUGGGGAUCUACGACAACACGUUCUCUUGGAACAAUAGCGUCGAUGCUACUUCUGAUUGACUGGCAUGUGAAGGCCAUCAACAACCCGUCUAACUUCACAGAAGGAGAAGACGAAGUUAAUGAUCAUACCGAUAGCCAUGGCUUCAAGCCUUCAUCCAACAAUAUAGACUCACUUACUGGACAGCCACGAUAUGGGAUGGUAUCACUAAUGGAAAGGCUGAACAUUAUAUCUCCGGCAUAUCGAAGCAACAAGAUGUCAUGGACUCUUCUUUCCAAUGCUAUUGCUUUGGUACAUGAAGGCUGUUGUUUCCAAAACGAAUCUUCCAGCUCCAGAUCUGCCCCUUCCAGUAUGGACUCUGUCAGAAAAGAAUGGAAUGGCCUUCUCUGUGUGUUCAUUUACUUCGCAGAUGAAGUUCUCGCGACUCGCUUAGGUCUAGAACCCUUGUUGCCUGAGAAGUCGAGACAAAUAGUCAAAGACCGAUUUGCAACGACAUUCACCGAGUCUUUACCCGACAGCCAUCUCUGGGAAGGCUAUUAUGAACUCUCUAUAGAGACUCGAAAGGGAAGGGAAUUCUUACUCUCAUUGAAAUCCCGAGACGGGUCUUUUUCUGAUUUAGAUCUUGUCCCUCACUUGGAACGACUACGAAGGGCUCUGCAGCGCUGGAAACGGCAGUACUAUCAUCAAGAUGGUUGGUUCCAGGAACGAGAUAUUAUGUCCAAGCUUACAAUUCCCAGAUAUCAAUUCUUUAUUGAACGCAUGUCUUGUCAUUGA